CUUUCCUUCCCGUCCCACCUCCCGCCCCUCUCCGCCCUGAGGUGCACCGGCGGCUCCCUAGGCCGGUGUCGGCCCCGGUCCCCAUCCCGAUGAAGCCCCAGGCCCAGAUGGGAGCGGGGGUCGCCAGAGCAGCCUGCCCUGUCGGAGGCGAGGACGAGUCCCCUCCUGUUGCUUCCCCCGACGGCAUCUUUUCGCCUUUCUUUUCUCUGUUCCCGUCAGACUUGAACUCCUCCAAACGGAGCUGUGCGUUUCCUCCGGAGCGGCGGACGCGGGAGGGAGAGCAGGAGAUGUCGCCCCCCUGGGCAGCUUCCGGCCCUGGGGCCCGCAUUUUCCUGCACAUUUUCCUGCCGCCACUGUCAUCACCGUGUCAAGUUUUGUUCAUUUGCUUCAUUCCGGCUCCACAGGACGGGAGGGCAGAGGAAGAAAUGGGCAGCCUCCGAAAGCGCCCCGGAGAAGGAUCCUGUGGGCAGGGGAGGCCGCCCGCGCCGCCCCGCGGGGUGCGGAGACUGGCGGCGCUGGGAGGCUCCGGGUCCGGCCAAGUUUUCUGCUUGUUUGACGCCAAACUUCUCAGCUGGGGGAAGAGUGGAUUUACGUCUUUUGCAGAGGAAGCGGGAUAAGUCGAGGUCGCGUUCAGUUAUUUCUGAUAUAUUACCCUAAACACUUUUUCUCCUUUUCUUUUCUUUUCUUUUCUUUUCUUUUCUUUUCUUUUCUUUUCUUUUCUUUUCUUUUCUUUUCUUUUCUUUUCUUUUCAUCAUCUCGCUGACAUCGCUGAAAUCAGGAGGCUUUAAUUUUGCUCAACAGACUAAGUACAGUUAGACUCAGUCGGAUGAAAGUGUCUGUCUUUUCCUGGCUUCUCGCUCUCCUCGGGGCCUGGAGACUCUUUAUGAAGGAGAGAGGUCCUGUCAAGAAAGUCUUUCCUGGGCCCUACGCGCCUGUUGCCAGGUGGAAAAUCAGCCCGACGGCUCCCCCCCCGAGAGAGCGGGCGCAACCGAGCCGGGUCCGGGAGCGUCAGGGCCCGCCCGUCGCGGGUGGCUCCCGUCCCAUCCCGGCUGGCAGCCCCGCACUCACGGCGUAGGCACAACCGGAGAUGGGGCGAUCCGGUGGAGGAUCACAGUUUCUUCCCCGGACAUGCAUACGGAUUGGGUAGUCUGCUCCUGCCGCCGUCCCUGCGGGGGGAUCCUCCCCGCCCCCAGCCCGGCAGAGCCCCGCAGAAGGCUCAGUCCGCCCCGGGGCAGAGGCAGAGCUAGCGCCCGGCAGACAGCACGGCAGAGAGCUGGGGCGAUGACACCUGCCCCGGUUGCCCCGCCAGCCCUGCCCGGCAGAGCCCCGACCUGCCCGGCCCCGCGCACUCCCUCCCUUCCCCCCCUGGCCGCCGGCAAGAUAAGGUCCCGUCCAGGCUGCAGCCGGUGCCUAGAGCCGAUUUACUUACUGACGAGGACGCCUGGGGCUGUUUGGUAGCGCUGCCCCCCGGGCUGGGCUCCCUUCCUGCCUGCGUCCGUCCCGGCCUUGACCGCAGACUCUCGGUCCCACCGACGGCUGCUCCGGCCACCCAACCGCACCGCCCUCCCGCCGGAGCCGAGGGCGAACGGAGCCCCGGGAUCUGCCGCCCGCCCCCGAGCUGGCCCUCCCGACCUGCAGCCCCUCCCGCCGCCAAGCACACCGACCUACCGCCGCACCCCGGCUUUACCCGUUUAUUUAAAGGGGGGUCACCGGCCCUGCCUAAGGCGGGUUUCCCAGGGCGCACCUUCCCGCGGAGGCUGCCAGCCGGUGCCCGAGUAAUCGCUCAUUUAAACAAAGCGGCGACCCAGGUACGAGCCAAUUGCGGCCAGCCCGGUCGGGCGAGGGCCAGCCCGUGCCGCACCACAAACCCCGAUCGGGGGGAACCGGGGAAGGGGGAGGGAAAGGCAAACAAAGCAGGGAGCCGCGUCUGGAGCCGGGCACUCUGCAGGACGGGGGGACCGACGUGCCCUACCCCCCCACCGGAGUGGGGGUACUUCACCGGGCGGCUCCUGCCCGCUGCCGCCCGCGGCCGGAGUUUCCUUGCCGGCCCCGAGCAGGCACGCAGCCCCCCUGCAGACCCUUGCCUCCCUACUGUAGACGGGAUGCAGUUUUAUAUUGGAAAUGAGGGGCAGUGGGAGGAGAUGGCGCGCACACGGAGCGACGAGUGUGCGGUGUCAAUCAGAGGGGUUUUGUGUCUCCUUGACUCCUGAUGGUCCGUGGCUGAGGUGUCCCGGGUGGCACCACAAUGAAUAUGAAUAGGGGUCCUUGCUAAAUGGGACAGUCAAAGCGCACCGCCCUGAAUAAUGGCACGUCAUCCUAACUAGACCAUUAUACAUAGGAGGGCUCCUUUUGUCUCUGCUCUCUGCUGCAGCUCUAUAAAAGCCCCUCUUUUUCAGGCUGAGGUUAGUCCAAGCAUACACUAACUAGCCAUCCUGUAAACAGGCUGAGUAACCGGGGAGAGAGAGAGGAGAGAGAAAGUGGUGAGAGAGGGGGCUGAGGGUUUUUUUUCCUCUUCUUCCAGCAUUCCCAGCCCUUCACUGGCAGAGCCUGCCGUCCAUUUAUUUAUUUUUCGAUCCAUUUUCGUUGCUUUUUGAAGGAGAGUUGUCUUGUUCUGCCACCUCCAGAACAGGGAAGUUUCUUGCUCAGAAGCCCGAAUACAAUGAAUUCUGACUCCAGCUCUGUCUCCAGCAGAGCUUCCUCACCAGAUAUGGAUGAGAUGUACCUGAGAGACCACCACCACCACCACCACCAUCACCACCACCAAGACAGCCGGCUCAACUCUGUCUCCUCCACCCAAAACGACCUAGUGCAGAAGAUGUCCGGGGAAGGCCUCUCUAGGAACGGCUCCAAGGCCGGAGGGGAAGGCAGCAAGUACAAAAUCAAGAAGCAGCUGUCGGAGCAGGACCUGCAGCAGCUGCGGUUGAAGAUCAACGGCCGGGAGCGUAAGAGGAUGCACGACCUCAACCUCGCCAUGGACGGGCUGCGGGAGGUGAUGCCCUACGCCCACGGACCUUCCGUGAGAAAACUCUCCAAAAUCGCCACCCUCCUACUAGCCAGAAACUAUAUCCUGAUGCUCACUAGCUCCCUGGAGGAGAUGAAGAGGCUGGUGGGGGAAAUCUACGGGGGGCACCACUCUGCCUUUCACUGCGGCACGGUGGGACACUCCGCCGGGCAUCCGCCCCACGCCGCCGGCACCGUGCACCAGGUGCAUCCCAUCCUCGGCAGUGCCUUGUCCUCCGCCAACACCUCCUCCUCCCUUUCCGCCUCCUUGCCGGCCAUCGGCACCAUCCGUCCCCCUCACUCCCUGCUCAAGACCCCCUCGACACCCCCCGCCCUGCAGCUUGGCAGCGGCUUCCAGCACUGGGCGGGCUUGCCGUGCCCCUGCACCAUCUGCCAGAUGCCCCCCCCGCCCCACCUCUCGGCCCUCACCGCCUCCAACAUGGCCAGGAUCUCGGGGGAGACCAAGGACCUGCUGAAGUGACUCCGAGGGGCUCCCCCGACCCCCAGAGCUGAACCAGAGUCAGCGCUGCCACAGGCGGGGAGGGGGCUGCGGCCGGGCCCCCUCCGCGCCGCUGAUGGACCUGGCCCCGCGCUCCCACGCCCCGGCAAGUAUCCCCCUGUAACACGGGAUUAGUGUAGUAAGGACCUUGUAAAGGUAAUGUUUUAGCCGGCUCCUCGGGCGAUGUUUUCUUAUUAUACUAAACCGGAAAGAAAUAAGUCCCUGUUGUAAAAAUAAUAGUAAUAAUGCCACUGAUGGUAAUCAAAUGUAAAUAAUUCCUUAAAAUGGAUGCAAAGGGGAGGGAAAAAAAAGACAUGGUUGUCAUUGUAGUGUUCGCAGCUACUAAAAGACGGUGAGAUCGGUUUGGGGCUUCUUCUCCUUCUUUUUGCGGGCUUUUCCUUUAUUUCCUUUUGCACGACGACACCUCAGAAACCUCCUGCUCCAAAUCCGGCUGCGGCAGCGCAGUGGUGGCCCGGCACAGCCCCCCGAGAGUGCGUGCAUGCUUCCCACCGCAGCCUCCACCCCUGGGUACCGGCCAGGGGCGGCUUCCCUGGCAACAAGGACUUCCAAGUGAAUUCACAAAAGUUUUGUGGGUUUUUGUUUGUUUGUCUUUUUGUUUUUUUGCUUCCCAGAUUCGAUUGCGAUGCGGUUUUGUUUUACUUCUUCCCUCCGUGUCCUCUUGGGAAAAAAAAAAAAAAAAAAAAAAGAAAAGAAAGAAAAGAAAAGAAAAAAUAAAAGAGAGGGAAAUAGUGCAAAACACAGCACAACCCUCCUGCGGGUCUGUUUUGCCAAAUCUCCCAUCCCCUGCUCCCGGUGAAGUGUGCUAGUUGAACUGGCUGGGGUCCUCGUCUCUUAUUUCUCUUGUUGACUUUGGGUUUGUUACGAUUUGCUGCUUUCUUUAGUUUGGUUUGGUUUUGCAUGCGGUGUCGGCUCUUGCCAGAUCAAUAACUUGUGUAGCUAAAUUGGAAUCUCCGUUACUGUUUAUUUCCUUUCAGGUACGUUUUCCUGGGCGUCUGCCUGAAAUACUGUUAUUAUUAUUUUUAUUAUGCAUUUCAUUUGUUUGUUUGUUUUUGUGUUUUUGUUUUGUUGUUUUUUUGUUUGUUUGUUUGUUUUUUGUUAGGGCCUCAAAGACAACACCGUGUCUUUAUUUUUUAUAUAUUCUUGAUAACUAUCGAUAUAUUUAUUAUUCACCAGUGUUUCUGGAUGAGAUUUCCAAAUAAAAUAAAAAAUUAAUUA